AUUCCAAUACCGGGUCAAGAGUCGAAAGAUUUCUCGGAUGUGGUCAUGAUCGAGCGUGUUAGUAAGCAGUCGAUUGUACUACCCACAAAGACAAGACCCAAAAAAGUUGUGCUGAUCGGUUCGGAUGGUGUUGAGUGA